AUGUUCGUCAUUCACGUCGACGCGAAAUUAUCCACUAGUACCGGUGGAUUCGUCGCGGGAAGCGCGCACGCGAUGUACUCUCCGCUGACCCCCUUUUUAGUACACACCGCGCUAAUCACUUUUCUCUUCUCUGGCGAUGGCGACGCCGCAAGAAUCCUCGGCCUAUUCCCUCACCCCGGCAAGAGCCAUCAGAUGGUGUUUGAGCCUCUACUGAAAGCGCUGGCCGAGAGGCAGCACCACGUCACGACAGUGUCUUUCUUCCCAUUGAAGAACCCACCAGAGAACUACACCGACCUCAGCCUCGGAAGCAUGUCGCAGCUGCUGCUCGAGUCGCUGGACUUAUCUCUGUUCGAAGCUUCCAGCGCACUCUCGAAGGUCCCAGUGUUGGAGCGGAUCAUCAGGGAGAUGUCCGAAUUUCAACCGUUGGCCAAGAUCGCCGUCGACAUAUGCGAGAGACUGACGAAGUGGGAGCCGUUAAUCGACGCGCUGAAGAAGGAUUACGACUUGAUCCUGGUGGAGAAUUUCAGCUCCGAUUGCAUGCUUGGCUUGCUCCACGUGCUCGGGAACACGGCGCCGAAGGUCGCCUUGUCCUCGUCAAAUCUGAUGCCCUGGGCGGCGGACAGAGUCGGGGCCGCUGACAAUCCGGCGUACGUCCCGAUCAUAUCGACCGGUUUCACCGCUCGCAUGAACUUUCUGGAACGCCUGGAGAACAGUUUCCUGUGCGCAUUCUACAAGUUCUGGUUUCACCGUGCAGUGCAAGUGAAAGAGAGGGCUAUGAUACAGAAGCGUUUCGGUAGAUCGAUUCCGGACCUGAGGGUUCUGGGGAGCAACUACAGUCUGACGUUGGUGAACACGUUCCACGCUUUGAACGGAAACCGGCCCUCAGUGCCGGCCUUAGUCGAGGUCGGCGGAAUGCAUUUGGACCACGCGCGAAGAGUUUUGCCCUCCUACAUUGAACGCUUCCUCAAUGAGUCUGAGCACGGCGUGGUACUGCUGAGCUUCGGUUCGCUGAUCAAGACCGCGACGAUACCCAAAUACAAGGAGGCGAUGAUCGUGAACGCGCUGUCGAAGCUGAAGCAGAGGGUGAUCUGGAAGUACGAAGACAGCGGGGAGGAGGGCACGCUGACGGGGAACAUACUGCGAGUGAAAUGGCUGCCCCAAUACGAACUGUUGCAGCACAAGAAGGUCGUCGCGUUUAUAGCGCACGGCGGCCUGCUGGGAAUGACGGAAGCGGUGUCCGCCGGGAAACCUAUGGUUGUGGUGCCGUUCUUCGGCGAUCAGCCCCAGAACGCUGCGGCGGCGGCUGCCGUCGGCUUCGCAAAAGUCGUUCCCUACAUUGAGCUCACGGAGAAAGCACUCACCGAAGCCCUAGAGUUUGUGUUAAGCGCCGAGACGCGGUUGAAUGCGAGACGCGUGUCUAGCAUUUGGCGGGACCGACAGGCAGACCCUCUAGAAACGGCCGUAUAUUGGACGGAGAGGGUGAUACGAUGGGGCCACGCUGCGCCCCUGCACUCGGCGGCGAGGGACAUGCCGCUGUAUCAGCUGGCGUUACUCGACGUCAUCGCUGCGUUCGCCGCCGCCAUAUUGGUUUUGGUGGCGGUUUCGUGGCUCGUACUGUCUAUGGUUGUCCGCCUCCUAUUCACCAAAGAGAGCAAAUUGAAAAUGCAC